ACAGUACAGGGAUGACCAGAGACUGCGGACACAGUACAGGAGAUGACCAGGGACUGCGGACACAGUACAGGAGAUGACCAGGGACUGCGGACACAGUACAGGAGAUGACCAGGGACUGCGGACACAGUACAGGAGAUGGACCAGAGACUGCGGACACAGUACAGGGAUGACCAGAGACUGCGGACACAGUACAGGAGAUGACCAGAGACUGCGGACACAGUACAGGGAAUGACCAGAGACUGCGGACAGGAGAUGACCAGAGACUGCGGACACAGUACAGG